AUGGCAGCAGUGACUCAGGUCAGCUUGGGCCUCAUCAUCUUCCUGCUUUCAGUGCUGCCCAUUAGUCCAGGAACAGUGAAGAAGCGGGUGCUAAUGAAAGCUGCAAAGCUGAAGAGUCAAGGGAAGGACUGCUCCCAGAUCUGGGUGGAUAAUCCAAAGGCCCCAAGCGGUGUCUAUGCCAUAAAGCCCGAUGGGGCCCCAGCUGUCUUCCAGGUUUACUGCGACAUGAGAAAAGAUGGCGGCUGGACAGUCUUCCAGAGGCGGACUGGGGGCAAUGGCAAGCCUUUGGAGUUUAACCGGCCCUGGAGGGAGUAUGAUCAAGGCUUUGGGGAUGUGGAAGGUGAACACUGGUUGGGCCUAGAAAAAAUUUAUCUCCUGACACACCAGCCUGGUGUCCUUGCCCAGCUGCGUCUAGAUUUGCACAACUUCCAAAACGAGAGCCGCUAUGCCCAGUACAGUUCCUUUCAAAUCAGCGACGAGGCCAGUUUCUACCGCCUGAGCCUGGGCAGGUACUCGGGAAAUGCAGGAGACUCAUUCCGUGGCAAAAAUUGGUCAGGAGCAGCCUCCCAGGUGGGCAGUGCCUUCAGUACCCUGGACAGGGACCACGACUCCUGUAACCCCUGCAUCAGUGGUGAUAUAGCCUUCAAUGACUGCAGUCAUUGGCAUGGGGAUGCAGGCUGGUGGUUCAGCGACUGUGGGGUGGCCAACCUCCAUGGAGACUGGCAUCCUGAGGAGGACCACACAGGCUGGGGUUCUGACCUCCACUGGGAAACCUGGAGCUCAUUUGAGUCACUAAAGGCCACUGAAAUGAAGGUAAAAACUGUGAGGGCAUCAGCAACCAAGGCUUAGGAGCCCUGCCAGCUGUCCCGGGAGCCAAAUUCAGCAGAGCGAGCCAAAUCAGAAACAUGGAGUGUCCAGGGAGCCAAUCAGAGUGAGCCUGGGGGUGAUCGUGGUGAACAAAUGGGAUGGAGAAAUCAAGGGGCCAGGGUCUGGGAGGCCUAAAAUUUCUGCUAUAGAUGGU